AUGGAGCUUCUGCCUGCAGACGAGGAGGAGAUCUACGUCAACAUCUAUCGAGGGGACAAGUGGAGGUCAUGGUUCGACGGGAAGGACGAACUCGGGCAGCGCAGGCUUAGCGGCUUCAGAUACAACUUGGUGCGACUGUGCGACCUUGUUGCUCAGUAUCGGCGCUACGUGGAGCGGGAAGGGUCGUACGCGGGGGAUCGCUCUGGCCACAAUCCGCUCUCCGAUGCAGCAAAGUUGGUAUUUAUGUCAGACGACACGGAACGCUCCCGGGAGCUGGAGAGGGUUAUCGUGGCGAAGUAUGGAAAGCGAACAGAGUUGGCCUUCUCUUCCGCCUGCUGCUUGGGUGUUUGCCCUCUGGGGGCGAUGAAGGGAAACGCGGUGCAGGAGUUAGUUGGUCAGCUGCCCAGUGACGGUGUGCAAGUCGUCUUGGCAGAGUGUAUUGUCUUUGGCGAUGGAAUGAAUGGUCUGAGAAUGUUGCAACUGGCUGGGGAGGGGGGAGAGAAGUUUACAAACUUUCUGAGUUAA